GGAAUGCGACCCGAAACCCGGCGCAAGAAAGCACCGACGCAAUUAUUUCUUUUGGAAACAAUUUUGUUUCUGAAAACACAAUUUUCUAAAUGACAAAACAAAGAACAAUUAUUAUUUAUUUCGGCGCUUUAGGAGUGAUGGGAGUGUCGGUCGGUUCUCGGGUUCUCUGCUCCGCAGCUGUCUUACCGUGUUUCACAAAAGCCUUCAGUGGUGUAUUUAAGAAUUUGUGCUUCGCAUCAUCCGCCAUUCUUUCCUCGCUUUUCUUGAAACUAAACCUCCCAACUUGGUUUUCCUAUUCGAGAGAACAAAAGUCUUAACUGGGUUUUCCCAUUCCGUCGAACCCUUCUGCUUUGGCUUUCCCCCUGCGUCGGAUUUUUCUUUCUUCCAUUUCAGGAUGGUGGAUGCUACAUUUUCUAGCCGAUGGUUAAGUUUUCUAGUGUUUGUGCUUAUCUUGCUGAAAACAGAAGCUUUCAAUGUUGGAAUUACAUAUGUGGAGAACGCUGUGGCAAAAGGAGCUGUAUGUUUGGAUGGGAGUCCACCAGCUUACCACUUUGCUAAGGGAUUUGGUGCGGGGAUCAACAAGUGGUUGGUUCACAUAGAGGGAGGAGGAUGGUGCAACAAUGUUACUACUUGCCUUGCCCGUACGAGGACUCGCCUUGGUUCAUCAAAAUUGAUGUCAAAGGUAGUUGCUUUCUCUGGGAUUUUGAGCAACAAGCAAAAAUUUAAUCCAGAUUUUUAUGAUUGGAACAAAAUCAAGGUUAGGUACUGUGAUGGGGCAUCUUUCACCGGUGAUGUGGAAAAAGUCGAUCCAGUUACCAAUCUUCACUUUAGAGGAGCAAGAGUUAUUCAUGCUGUCAUAGAUGAUUUAUUAGCCAAGGGAAUGAAAAAUGCUGAACAUGCCAUUCUUUCUGGCUGUUCAGCUGGUGGAUUGACUUCCAUUUUGCAUUGUGAUAGCUUCAAAGCUCUCGUACCUGCGGGUGCUAAAGUAAAAUGCCUUUCAGAUGCUGGUUAUUUUAUCAACUCGAGGGAUGUCUCUGGAGCUCAACACAUUGAAAAAUUCUAUGAUGAAGUCGUUGCAACACAUGGUUCAACAAAAAAUUUGCCUUCAUACUGCACUUCACAAAUGAGGGCAGGUUUGUGUUUUUUCCCAGAAAACAUGGCAGGAAAAAUCCGAACGCCACUAUUUAUAAUAAGUGCGGCCUAUGAUUCAUGGCAGAUAAAGAACAUUUUGGCCCCUGGCGUAGCUGAUCCCCAUGGUCUUUGGCAUUCCUGCAAGCUUGAUAUUAAGAACUGCUCACCCACUCAGCUUCAAACCAUGCAAGAUUUUAGGACACAGUUUGUAAGUGCCUUGGCAGGGCUAGGUAAGUCUUUCCCUAGAGGAAUGUUUGUUGACGCAUGCUAUGCCCAUUGCCAAUCAGAAAUGCAGGAGACAUGGUUAAGAGCGGACUCUCCAGUUCUGAACAAGACGACAAUUUCAAAAGCAGUAGGAGACUGGUAUUUUGACAGGAUGCCAUUCCAGAAGAUAGACUGCCGUUAUCCUUGCAACCCCACUUGCCACAAUCGUAUUUUCGAUCCGAAAGAACACCCAACAAUGUUUCUCGAUUGAGUCAGGUUGAAUUAGGACACAUUUUUCUGUGUCUUAAUUAUAGUAUGUGAUGACACGACCACGAGCUCACGUAAGAAAUGAAAACUUAUUGAUUAAUCAAGUCCGCCAAAUAAGUUAAAAGACCCCCAAUUGCACCAAACUGGUGUAUAGGGUGUCUUGAGUCAUUGAUCAUGCUGUAUUCUAUCAAUCUUUUCAUUGUAAUCUAUAUAUUUAAGCUUAUUAUUAUCAAUUAUAUAAUGAAAUGUUCAAAAGUGGAAUGUGCAGCAAAGGUGUACUACUGUGUUCAUGUGAGAGGAAUAGAUCCUCUGAUAAAGUGAUAAACCAGCUGUUGAAAUGAAAAUGAAGGGCUAGGAUCCUCUGAAUUGGGCCACUGGAGCUUGGACCGCUUGAAUUCAAAUUGGGCCUUAGCUUGUGUUUGGUGGGAGUUGCUUGAUUUAGACAGCAAGCCAUGGAGAAGGAUUUUCUUCUGUUAUGGGCUGGGAAUGGGCUUUGUGCUGUAAUUGAAAUUCCUCUCAAAUCCUAACAGCUCCUUUGUUUGGUUAAGAUGAAAUAUAGUUUAAAAUUUGCAAA